AUGGUCACUUGUUUGCUAGUUCAAUAUCAGGUUUAUAGAUUACCUGCUGAUCGAUUCUAUGCCACCUAUUUUGGUGGUGAUGAGAAAUCUGGUCUUCCUGCUGAUGAUGAGGCUAGGGACAUGUGGCUCAAAUUUCUUCCACCUACACGUGUGUUGCCUUUUGGGACUAAAGACAACUUUUGGGAGAUGGGCGAUACUGGACCGUGUGGACCAUGUACUGAAAUACAUUUUGAUAGAAUUGGGAAUCGAGAUGCAGCUUCAAUGGUUAACAACGAUGACCCAACAGUGAUUGAGAUAUGGAAUCUUGUCUUUAUUCAGUUUAACAGGGAAGGUGAUGGUUCUCUGAAACCGCUGCCUGCUAAGCAUGUUGAUACUGGAAUGGGUUUUGAAAGAUUAACGUCUAUUCUUCAAGAAACAAUGAGCAAUUAUGAUACCGAUGUGUUCCUACCCAUUUUUGAUGCUAUCCAGCAGGCAACUAAAGCUCCUCAACCAUAUACGGGCAAAGUUGGACCAGACGAUGUGGGCAAAGUUGACAUGGCAUACAGGGUUGUUGCUGACCACAUUAGAACUCUUUCAUUUGCCAUUGCUGAUGGUUCUUGUCCAGGCAACGAAGGGCGUGAAUAUGUGCUAAGACGCAUUCUUCGUAGAGCUGCACGUUAUGGUACUGAAAUCCUGAAUGCUGAAGAAGGAUUUUUCAAUGGGCUGGUAAAGGUUGUGGUGGAAGUGAUGGGUGAUGUUUUCCCAGAACUGAGACAACAUGAAGCACACAUUAGGGAGACAAUUGCAGAGAGGAAAGAAGUUUUGGCAGGACUUUAA